AUGCUCCGAAGUCGCCAGGCCACAAAGGCCGUCAAGGCUUUGGGCCAGACUCGCUCAUUCACCUCCACAACCGCCCCCGUCACCUCGAGAGCGCAAAAAAAGCUGCCUCUGUCGCAAAGAAAUAAAGCAACGGCUGCGACCGCCACAUCGAAUGCCUCAACCGUCCGUGCCGUCCCCAGUCCCGCCUUCAAUGCCACCGCCCAAGGCCAUGUCCAGCCCCUCGUCAACGCCCGGAAAAGCGAAAUGGACGAGUCCUUCAUCGGCAAGUCGGGCGGCGAAAUCUUCCACGAGAUGAUGCUGCGGCAGGGCGUCAAGCACAUCUUUGGCUACCCCGGCGGCGCCAUCCUCCCCGUCUUUGACGCCAUCUACAACUCGAGCCACUUUGACUUUAUCCUCCCCCGCCACGAGCAGGGCGCCGGCCACAUGGCCGAGGGCUACGCCCGCGCCUCUGGCAAGUGCGGCGUCGUCCUCGUCACCUCGGGGCCCGGUGCCACCAAUGUCAUCACCCCGAUGCAGGAUGCUCUGUCUGACGGCACCCCCAUGGUCGUCUUCUGCGGCCAGGUCCCCACCACGGCCAUUGGCAGCGAUGCCUUCCAAGAAGCCGAUGUCAUUGGCAUCUCGCGCGCCUGCACCAAGUGGAACGUCAUGGUCAAGAGCGUUGCCGAGCUGCCGCGCCGCAUCAACGAGGCGUUCGAGAUUGCCACCAGCGGCCGCCCCGGUCCCGUCCUAGUCGAUCUGCCCAAGGAUGUCACGGCGGGCAUCCUGAGAAGAGCCAUCCCCACCAACACGGCUCUGCCCUCUCUGCCUUCGGCCGCCUCCCUGGCCGCCAUCGAGGUCGGCGACCGCCUCCUGCAGGCCUCCAUCCAGCGCGUUGCCGAGCUGGUCAACACGGCCAAGAAGCCCGUCAUCUACGCCGGCCAGGGCAUCAUCCAGUCCGCCGGCGGGCCCGAGAUCCUCAAGCAGCUAGCCGACAAGGCCUCCAUCCCCGUCACCACCACCCUCCAGGGCCUCGGCGCCUUUGACGAGCUCGACGAAAAGUCCCUGCACAUGCUCGGCAUGCACGGCUCCGCCUACGCCAACAUGGCCAUGCAGGAGGCCGACCUCAUCAUCGCCCUCGGCGCGCGCUUCGACGACCGCGUCACCGGCAACAUCAGCAAGUUUGCCCCCGGCGCCAAGGCCGCCGCCGCCGAGAAGCGCGGCGGCAUCGUCCACUUUGAAAUCAUGCCCAAGAACAUCAACAAGGUCGUCCAGGCCACCGAGGCCAUCGAGGGCGACGUCGGCGCCAACCUGCGCUACAUGCUCGACUCCGUCAAGCCCAAGUCGAUGGAGGACCGCAAGGAGUGGUUCGGCAAGAUCAACGAGUGGAAGGCCAAGUGGCCGCUGUCGCACUACGCGCGCACCGAGCGCGGCGGUCUCAUCAAGCCCCAGACCGUCAUCGAGGAGCUCAGCAACCUGACCGCCGACCGCAAGAGCGAGACGUACAUCUCCACCGGUGUCGGCCAGCAUCAGAUGUGGACGGCGCAGCACUUCCGCUGGCGCCACCCCCGCUCCAUGAUCACCUCUGGCGGUCUCGGCACCAUGGGCUACGGUCUGCCGGCCGCCAUCGGCGCCAAGGUCGCCCAGCCCGACGCCCUCGUCGUCGACAUUGACGGCGACGCCUCCUUCAACAUGACCCUGACGGAGCUCUCCACCGCGGCCCAGUUCAACAUUGGCGUCAAGGUCAUCGUCCUCAACAACGAGGAGCAGGGCAUGGUCACGCAGUGGCAGAACCUCUUCUACGAGGACCGCUACGCCCACACUCACCAGGCCAACCCCGACUUUAUCAAGCUCGCCGAGGCCAUGCACGUUCAGUGCCGUCGCGUCUCGGACCCCGCCGACGUCGUCAACAGUCUCAAGUGGCUCAUCGAGUCGGAUGGCCCUGCUCUUCUCGAAGUCAUGACGGAUAAAAAGGUUCCUGUCCUGCCCAUGGUUCCCGCUGGCUCGGCCCUGCACGAAUUCCUCGUCUUUGACGGAGACAAGGACAAGGCCCGCCGUGAGCUGAUGAAGCAACGGACAUGUGGUCUGCACCAGUAA